AUGUCGGACGAAAAAGAGAACCUCAACGCGCUCUUCGCGCCCGCCGCGGCAGAUGGACUCCCCGAAGACAUAUUGGGCGUUCUCGAGUCCACACAGCGACUACACUCGAUCUCUGCGCAGGAGCUUUUUUACAAAUGGGAAUCAUACUGUCUGAAAAUGGGCUCAGAAGAGACCAAGCUGGACCUCGACACGUCUAGGAUGUUCCAGAAAGAUAUACAGGAUCAGCUUGAGAGAGGAAACCAAGGCAAGCAUGCUGCAAACACGCGAGGUCUCGGCGGCAAGCAAGUCAAUGCACCAGUCGGCGCCACGCCGCGUGGCGUGAAAGAUAGCAGCGACGUGUUCGGCAUGUUCGACGAUCUCACGCCUAGCACUCUCAAGAAGAGCGGCAGUGCUAAGUCUACUGCGGUGAAAAGCCCGCUGGAAGGUUCAGCCAUUCCGUUUGCUUCCCGCGCCAAUCCCGGCCAGAUUCUCGAGACUCUCAACGGGCAAAUCGCCCAGCCUGAACCGCCUCUGGCACCACCAGCGGAGCCGCGGGUGAAGCUGAUAGCGAACACCGAUAUCAAGAAGUUCUCGUACCGACCGAUGGCGCAGCGACUCUCUUCAAGUUCCGAAGUGCUCGACGAGCGGAUCGACGCCUUCAUACCACUCAUUCAAAGCCACCACAAGCUUGAAGACUCUGCCUUUGGAAAUGCUGCUGCCCAGUCCACAAACGAGAUCGUUGCGGUCGGAAGAAUUUGCUGUGACACACCAGAGAACAAGUUGAACGCGUCCUCAAUCGUGCUAGAAAUGAGUCGGCGAAUGGGUGCUGGACUACGCGUGACACUUGAUGUGAGCGCAGUGAAGAGUUACUGCUUCUUUCCAGGACAAAUAGUUGCGGUACGAGGCACGAACGCUAGCGGGAUGUACUUCUCGGUCAAAGAAGUGCUCGAGAUUCCGCUUCUGCCAAUGCCCAGCUCCCAGCCGGCCGCUCUGGAGACCAUCAGCGACAAGCUCGACGAACAGCCUGUGAAGAUUCUAUUUGGUUGCGGACCUUACACGGCCGACGACAACCUGAACUUUGAGCCACUUGCUGAGCUCUGCGAGAAGGCAGCAGAACAAGUCGCCGAUGCACUCAUCCUCACCGGCCCUUUCCUUGACACAGAGCAUCCCAUUUUAGCCUCUGGAGACUUCGACAUGCCUGCAGGCUUGCAAGAGUCGGAUCCGAUAUCACUUAGCGCGCUCUUCCGCGUCUGGAUCGCAGCUCCAAUUCAGAAACUGCUGCAGCAAAAUCCCAACAUCACCAUUGUCAUGGUUCCAAGCACGAGAGACGCCAUUUGCAAACACGUCUCCUUCCCGCAAGAAUCCUUGACGGGUAAGAAGGAACUUGGUCUCGGGUCUAAGCAGAUCAAGCUGCUGCCGAAUCCAUGCUUCAUCUCUCUUAACGAGGUUGUGGUUGCAAUUUGCGGUCAGGACACUCUGUAUGAUCUCUCGAGAGAACAGUUGAGCUUCAAUGUGGCAGGCGAUGUGAUGAGUAGGCUGCCUGGUUUGGUGGUACAGCAGCGGCACUUCUAUCCUUUGUUCCCGCCAGCGAGAGGCAGUGGGAAGAUGAUGAGCCUGGAUGGAGGCUAUGUGAAGUUGGCAGAAUGGGGCAACGUGCGGCCGGAUGUACUUCUGAUGGGUGGCGGAUUGACAGCUGGUGUCAAGGUAGUGGACUCUGUCUUGACAUUGAACCCUGGCCAGCUAUCGAAGAAGAAGGCGGCGGGAACGUACGCAAGUAUGGUGCUGCAGCGAGGGAAGUCACCGACGAAGAAAGAGAAGGGCAAGAAGAGAGUGGACGCGUGCCGAAUGUCACGCAUAAUGUGUUCGAGCGGGCACGGGUUGAUGUUCUACGAAUCUGAGCGACGAGGUCAUGGAAUGGUCAGCGAUGAGGAGCGAAUAGAUGAGCCUGAGCAUCUUCGUAUAGCGAUGGAUCUACACUGA